UAAGGUACAUACUUAACUCAUACUUCCAGUACUAGUGAACAUAAUACAUCCAAAACAGCCGGGUGUGAAGUGAAUUUUUUUUUGUUAUGAAUUCGAUAUAACUUCAACCGCGUGUUUAUUUAAUCAAUAAUGGCUGUAUUGCAAUUAACUUCUUCGAUACUCCAUGAGAUAUUUCUCUUGGGGUUUGUCAGCUUACUCUUAGUAUACGUUUGGUUCAAAUAUAGGUUUACGUACUGGGCCAGAAAAGGGGUACAAGGUCCUAGGCCGGAGUUCCCGUUCGGAAAUGUAAGACAAGUUAUCCAGCGAAAGCAGCAAUUCUUCCAGCCAUUCUGUGACACUUAUUUUCAAUUUAAAAAGUUGCCGUAUGUCGGAGUAUAUUCCUUCCACACACCAGUACUAUGUAUUAACGAUCCGGAUCUAGCAAAGCACAUUAUAAUAAAAGAUUUUGACCAUUUCCAAUCGCAUGGGAUAUUCUCAAGUGCAAGUGUUGGCGAGCCUCUAGGGGGACAUCUUUUCAAUAUAGCUGGACCAAAAUGGAGAAACAUUCGUACGAAAAUUUCACCAGCAUUCACGCCGGUAAAACUUAAGUCGUUUUUCCCCUUAGUAGAGAAAAUAGCAUCCCAAGCGGUCGAAUAUGGUGACGCACACUAUGCUGAAGGAAAACCUGUUGACUUCUCAGAGUUUUAUGCAAAAUACGCUAUGGAAAUCGUUGGUAGUGUAGGGUUUGGUGUUGAAAAUGAUGGGUUGAAAAAGGAAACCGAGUUCUAUCAGCGAGGAAACGAAUAUUUUGUACCAAAAUCUAUAUAUUGGACAGUAAUAAGGGCCAUAUCGUUUUUCGCUCCCGAUAUUUUCAAAAAAAUGGGAGUGAACCGAACAAAUCCCGCCAUUAAUAACUUCUUUUACGGUCUCGUCAAAGACACGGUUAGUUUUCGAGAGAAAAACAACUAUUAUAGAAACGACUUCCUGCAAACGCUUAUAGAACUACAGAAAAGUGAAAGCGAAAAACAAGUUGGCAAUGGAUCAAACCAAUUUACGUUUACUGACGUAGCAGCAAACACCAUGCUCUACAUGUUCGCUGGCUACGAGACAUCUGCUACUACGGGAAUGUUCGCUGCCUACGAAAUGGCGCGUAACCCUCAAGUACAGGACAAGGUCAGGCAGGAAGUACAAACGGUCCUCGCAAAAUACAACGGACAAUUCACUUACGAAGCCCAAAACGAAAUGACCUAUAUGAAUAUGGUGCUAGAUGAAACAAUGCGUAAACAUCCACCACUACGUGCACUAUUCCGGAGAUGCAACAAAGACUACAAACUCCCGGACUCUGACUUAGUAAUUGAAAAUGGUACCUUGGUAUUUGUACCAAUUCAGUCAAUACAAAUGGACCCAGAUAUUUUUGAAGAUCCAGAAAGAUUCGACCCAGAGCGAUUCGCGCCUGAGAAGAAAGCUAAAAUGCAUCCUUGUAUUUGGAUGCCAUUUGGCGAAGGUCCACGGAAAUGUCUAGGUUUACGUCAAGGGUAUAUUCAGUCGAAGAUGGCUCUUGUGAAAUUAUUAACAAAAUAUGAAUUCACUUUACAUGAGAAAACCAUUGAGCCACUUCAAAUUAAGCCAACAUCAUUGGCUUGUGCUGCAGAGGGAGGUGUAUGGAUAAACUUAAAACCUCUAGAAACCGCGUGCAAGUGAAUGCGUACAAUAUAAUAACGAUUUUGGUAACUUAUUCACAAAAACUACAUCGAUUUUAUUGCGUUCUUUCUGGCAAUUUGUUUGCGCUGUGAUAAAAAGAGAUUUUCUUAGUGCAAUAGGAUUGGUUUAGUUUAUAUGAAUAAGAUAGUUGUGUAUUUUAGUUGGCACAAUGUUUGGUUUUAAUUUGUUACGAAAAUUGUUAAUUACCAAAAAUCUAUUUUACAAUUACAAUUGAAUAGUAGGAUUAACUUUUAGAAUAAGGAUUAGAAUGGAAACUUUUCUACAUUCCUAUUUUUCGGCAACAUACCAAAUAUAUCAAAUGUUUUGCUGGUCUUGUAGUUACUAUAUAGGUCUGGACUAUUUCAUUGUCAUUAAAUAUAAUUUAUUAAA